AUGAAGUCUGGCGUUGCUGCUGCUACGGUCACCGGCCUCUUGGCUUCCUCGGCCCUGGCCUCCCCGACCUCAGCCCACUUUGGUUGGACUGGAAGCGAGUCUAUGAAUAAGCACACCUCUGCGCCAUUUGGCUACACGGCCGGAUCGGAGCAGUCGAUUGCCAACUUGAAGAGCAAGAUCAAGAACGUUGUUUGGAUUUUGCUUGAAAACCGUUCUUUCGACAAUAUCCUCGGUGGUAUCCAUGGCCGUGGUUUAGACAACCCCACCAACAACGGUGACUACUGCAUCCCACAGAAUCUCAGCCAGCCAAAUGGUCAGCAGUGGUGCACUAGCCUCAAGGACUUUGACUCCGUGGUCAAUGACCCGGACCAUUCAGUCACCGGCAACAACUUUGAGUUCUUUGGCCAAUUUUCGCCAAACAACAACGCCAUUUCCAAUGGCAGUCUCAAAGAAACCCAGCAAGGUUUCGUUGAGAAACAGAUGAUCUCUUAUCCGCAUAUCACCGCUGAGACUGCUGCCAAGCAGGUCAUGGGCUACUACUCUGAGGACGAGAUCCCCGUCAUGGUCAACUUGGUAGAUGAAUUCGUCACCUUCAACUACUGGUUCUCUUGUGUUCCCGGACCCACAAACCCCAACCGUCUUUGUGCCGUUUCAGGUACCUCGGAUGGUCAUGGUUACAACGACGAUUCUUUCCUCACCUCUGGUGUUGACAUUAACAGCAUCUUCCAAGAAGCUACGAGCAAGAACAUCUCUUGGCUCAACUACGAUGGCACCAAUGGCGCGUUUCUUCCAGACAGUCUGUUUUUUAACUGGACUGCCGAGAACGCCAAGUCCAGCGUUGUCCCCAUCGAGAAUUUCUUCCAAGAUGCUUACUUGGGCCAGCUUCCUCAGCUGUCUUACCUGAACCCUUCCUGCUGUGGCCUUAACACCAACUCCAUGCACCCUAGCGGUAACGUCUCCUACGGUGAGGUUUUCGUUAAGCAAAUCUACGAGGCCCUUCGCAACGGUCCUCAGUGGGAAGAAUCUCUUCUCUUGUUGACCUACGAUGAGACAGGUGGAUUCUUCGACCAUAUUCCGGCCCCCGCUGCUGUGAGACCAGACUCAAAAACUUACACGGAAACUGCUGUCGAUGGCCAGAACUAUACCCUUUACUUCGACCGUUAUGGUGGUCGUAUGCCCACUUUCUUGAUCUCACCUUACACCCUUCCCGCUUACGUUGAGGACUAUGGUGUCAACCCAACCAACGGCCAGGCCGAGCCUUACAGCGCUACCUCUGUUCUCAAGACCCUUGGCUACCUGUGGGACUUGGAGGACUUUACCCCUCGCGUCUCCAACUCCCCGUCGUUUGAUCAUUUGAUCGGUCCUUGGCCUGAGUGGAAGUCUCCUCAGCUCGCUGUUCCCCACACCUUCUAA